UUUGUCCAGCAUGUUGUAUGCUUCAGCAAUUGAACCAUUUUUAGUAAGAAUAGUUUGGAGUAUACCAAAAUGUGAUUUUAAAAUUUAAUUCUCGGCUUAUGCUGAUGAUGUUAUUGGUAUUGUGAAUAAUCAAGAAGAGGUAGAUAAUCUAAGAAUAAUAAUAAUUGAUGACUUUGGGAAACUGUCUUCAGCUAAGGUAAACUGGAGUAAGAGUGAAGUUAUUGUAUGUGGAAAGUGGGAUGGAUAAUGCCUUCCUAAUUUACCUGCAGGAUUUGAUUGGAAGAAAAAUGGCUUUAAAUAUUUAGGUGUAUACCUUGGAGAUGAUUCAGUUUUACAAAAAAACUGGGAGGGAUUUUUAGAAAAAAAACUAAGGGGUGACUGGAAAAAUGGAAAUGGCUUUGGCCCAAAAUAUAAUUUAGAUGAUGUGUUAUAGUCAUCAGUAAUUUGGAGGCUUCAACAUUUUGGCAUUGCUUGGCAUGUACUGAGCCACCAAGCGGACUUCUUGCAAAACUACAAGCUUUCAUUAUGGACUUGAUUUGGACUAAGCUUCACUGGGUGCCGCAGAGUGUACUAUAUCUCCCUAAGUAGGAAGGAGGACAAGGACUAGUACAUCUGGCCAGCAGAGGAGCAACUUUUUGUUUACAAUUUAUUCAAAGAUUUUUAACUGUACCUGAAGAUUUUGUUUGGAGGAAUGUUGCUUACUUUAUUUUGAGUCAAGCAGGAGGCCUGGGACUGGGUUUUUUUUCAGCUGAAUGGACUGACUCCAUUCUAUAAAGCGGCCUUUAGAAUAUGGAGCUUAUUCAAGAAAAAAGGUUUUGGUUUGUCUUUAUUUGUUAUUUGUUUACUAAACUGUUACUAAACGUUGCAGCUCUACAUUGUGUUUGUUUGAUAUAGUGACAUUCAGCAUGUUACAUGCAUCUUACAUUCAGCAUUUUACAACUUAUUUCUUAAUAAUGCUUAAUGGCCAAACAACAUACUAGAUAAUUUCUAAUCUAGAAAAUUUCAAAAUGUUUAACUUGAAGCCUUCUUAAUGCAAGUAUUUUAAGGUAUGAAUUAAGUCCUGCAAUGCACCUUGCAUGCACUUUAUGAUGAAUAAUUGUAACCACAUUGUUACACCAAUAUAUAUUGCAUUACAAAGUGCAUUAUGGAUAGCUUUAUAAUGCAUUACAUGUAAAGGCUUUAACAGACAUCUUGCAGACAUAUCUGUGUUAUCUGGGUCGAAACUAAACUCAACAGGAAUGUUGCUCUUCAGAAAAAGGAAUAAGGAAACUGCUUCGCAUAUUCACAGAAACCCCUUUUUUAUACGAAUCACUCAAACACAGAACCAGGAAAAUAUUUAAACUCAUCAGUUCAGGAAAAGUUAAACUGAAGUUUAGUUGAGCUGUGGUGUGUUUGUGUCUCUGUAAUGAAGUAGUAAAAUGGCAGAAGCCAGAAUUUCAGUGGAUCAAAAGGAUUUCUUGUGUGCAGUGUGUCUGGAUCUCUUGAAGGAUCCAGUGACCAUCCAGUGUGGACACAGUUACUGUAAGAUCUGUAUUACAGACUGCUGGGAUCAGGAGGAUCAGAAGAGAGUCUACAGCUGUCCUCAGUGCAGAGAGACCUUCAGUCCAAGACCUGCUUUAUCUAGAAACACCAUGCUGGCUGAAGUGGUGGAGAAACUGAAGAAGACUACAUUUUUUGCUGAUUCUUACGCUGGAGCUGGAGAUGUGCAGUGUGACGCCUGUACUGGAAGAAAUCACAAAGCCGUAAAGUCCUGUCUGAUGUGUCUGGACUCUUAUUGUCAAACUCAUUUUGACCGUCAUGAAGAAUUUCAUUCACGUAAACCACACAGAGUGAUUGAAGCAACUGGACGACUGCAGGAGAUGAUCUGCCAGAAUCAUGAGAAGCUCCUUGAGGUUUUCUGUCGCACUGAUCAGAAAUAUAUUUGUGUGCUGUGUACGAUGGAUGAACAUAGAAACCAUGACACUGUAACAGCAGCAGCACAGAGGAGAGAGAAACAGAAGCAGCUGAAGGAGACACAGAAGACGCUCCAGCAGAGAAUCCAGCAGAGAGAGAAAGAUCUCCAGCAGCUGAGAGAGACUGUGGAGUCUCAUAAGCGCUCUGCACAGACAGCAGUGGAGGACAGUGAGAGGAUCUUUACUGAGCUCAUCCGCUCCAUUGAGAGAAGCCGCUCUGAGCUGAUACGACUGAUCAGAGAUCAGGAAAAGACUGCAGUGAGUCGAGCUGAAGAACGACUGGAGCGACUGGAGCAGGAGAUCAAUGUCCUGAGGAGGAGAGACGCUGAACUGGAGCAGCUUUCACACACACAGGAUCACAUCCAGUUCCUGCAGAGUUUCCAGUCUCUCUCAGCACCUCCUGAAUCUACAGAUGUAAAUGAGGGUAUCUUCAGUGAUCUCUUCUCUUCUGAUGAUCUGAGAGAAUCUGUCCAUCAGCUGAGACACAAACUGGAGGAUUUCUGCAUAGAGCAGCUGAAGAAGAUCUCAGACAGAGCCACAUUCACCAACAUUGACUACUGGACCAGGAAGGACUUCCUACAAUAUUCCCAUCAGCUCACUCUGGAUCUGAACACAGUGAAUAAACGUCUCCGUCUGUCUGAGAGCAAUAGAGUGAUUACUAACACUGGCACGGAUCAGACAUAUCCUGAUCAUCCAGACAGAUUUAAUUAUGUGUCUCAGGUGUUAUGUAGAGAGAGUGUGUGUGGACACUGUUACUGGGAGCUGCAGUGGAGUGGACAAGAAGUGUGUAUAUCAGUGUCAUAUAAGAGCAUCAGCAGGAAGGGACGGGGUCAUGAUUGUUGGUUUGGAUUUUAUGAUCAGUCCUGGAGUUUAAUCUGCUCUUCCUCCAGUUACUCAUUCAUCCACAAUAAGAUACAGACUGUUAUCCGUGUAGAGUCCAUCAGCAGGAGAAUAGGAGUGUUUGUGGAUCACAGUGCAGGAACUCUGUCCUUCUACAGCGUUUCUGACACAAUGAGCCUCAUCCACACAGUCCAGACCACAUUCACUCAGCCGCUCUAUCCUGGGUUUAGUCUUUUUUUUUCUGGAUCAUCAGUGAAACUGUGUUGAUGAAUCAGAAUAGAUAAUAAACCCACACACACACACACCUCCUCAUUUUGCCUUACCAGAGGCUGCGGUUCAGUCUCCUCUGUGUAUGGAGUGAGAGUGUAACUGAAGAGAAGAUUCUGGGACUUACUCUACUAUCUGGUAUCGGUCAGAGAGAGCCGAUCUAUAUCCGAGAAUGAAGGUAUUAUUCGGUGUUACUUCUGAAGCCAUUUCUUACACAUGGUCAUGUUAUGAAUUUUUGCUAAUCAGACAACUAUCUGAUUUGUAAAAACGUUUUCAUUUAUACUUGGCCACAUACAUGUGUCGUCGAAAAAGGCAUAUAAAUCCGAUCUUCAAUGCCUGCACUAUAUUUAAAUUCAAUCUAAAUUCGCUAUCAUUAAAGUCAAUGAACUCAAAAGAUAAACACUGCAUUUUAUUAAUUAUCAGCUCAUUUCGAGAUCAAAGACCGCAAUAGCCUAUAAUAUGCACACAAUUUUGGGAGGAGUAAAAUUUACAUAUGUGGUUUCAACAACCACCGGGAUUGAUAUCGGGCAAUCCUGAACGCUAAGUAUCGGAAUCGGUAUCGGAGGUUAAAAAGGCAGAUCGGAGCAUCCCUAAUUGGAGAAAGAAAAAACCUAUCGUCAAUAAGAGUGAUAAAAAUCUCCAACAGCUCUGACAAAGUCUGGGUCUGUACACAAACAACAGUAGUAUACGAGGGGACACUUGAGGAAGAUACAGCUUUGGAAAUAGUACCAUAGAUUAUAUGAUAACAGACAUAGAUCCUUCAUCUCUUCAAGCAUUCACUGUAAGAGAACUAACCCCACUGUCCAAACACAGUUAAAUAACUAGAGCAGUUAAAUAACUAUAACUAGUUGCUAUACCCAGCAACACUGCAAUGCUUUUGAAAUACAAAUGCACAAAUAUUAGUCAUGCCAAGAAAAUAAAGCACUUAAUACUGAAACUGAAGUAGAAUUUCAGACGUUGUUCUUGUGUGCAGUGUGUCUGGAUCUCCUGAAGGAUCCAGGUAAGAAUAGAGAUCAAAAUAUACAGCUUAUAGUUUAUUUAUAUAAGAGGUAUAUUUGUGUAUAAAAGUUGGGUAUCAUAGUGUUAUCCUAGUCCCCAGCAAUGUUUUCAUAACACAAAUGUACUAAUGUUUGUCAUGCCAAUAAAGUUGUACUAAUGUUUGUCAUGCCUAAUACUGAAAUUGAAUACUGAGAGAGAGUGUGUGAAUGUGAGUAUGCCUGUGUGUUUGUGUGUGUGAAGACUGAAGCCAACUGAAAGACUGAAAAAAACUGAUCUAUCAGUGUGAUCAUGAAGGGAGUGUAAAUCUGUACAGUUAUUAGUCCUGUAGUUCAAGUGUAGUAAUUAGGAUGCAGAAUUAAUCAAGUUUUUAAAACUAUUGACCUGCUUCUCUUUAACUUGUAUUAUUUGAGUGUUUGUCUGAGACUGAUAUCAAGCAGACAUUUCAUUAUCAGGGUUCCCCAUUCCUAGUCCAGGAGAGUCACUUUCCCACAGAGUUUAGUUUGAUCUAAAUUAAACAGACCUGAUUCAACUUCUUAAGGUCUUUGCAUUAACGGCCAGGUGUGUCGAAACUAAACUCUAAAGGAUCAGGAACCUGCUUCACAGACACACCUGUUAAACACACGUAACAAACACAGAACCAGGAAACAGGAAUCUCAUGAGUUCAGUGAAAGAGAAACUUAAGUGCAGUUGAGCUGUUGUGUGUUUGUGUCUCUGUAUUCAAGCAGUAACAUGGCAGGAGCCAAAGUUUUUCAGGAUGAGUUCUUGUGUCCAGUGUGUCUGGAACUCCUGAAGGAUCCAGUGACCAUCCAGUGUGGACACAGUUACUGUAAGAUCUGUAUUACAGACUGCUGGGAUCAGGAGGAUCAGAAGAAAGUAUACUGGAGCGACUGGAGCAGGAGAUCAAUGAUCUGAGGAGGAGAGACACUGAGCUGGAGCAGCUUUCACACACACAGGAUCACAUCCAGUUCCUGCAGAGAGCAAGACCCUUUAAAACAACCUCCACUCAGGAGCAAAAGCAAUCUGGAGUGAAAUUUGUCUUCUAGAUUGAAAACACAUUGGGGGGAAAGAUCGAGCCCUGGACAUCAAACAUCCAGCGAAUGAAUCUCUGAGAGCAGGUCACCUUCACAUGACCACAGGAACCAGACCAGUUCAGUCCGGAUCAGAUCAGUUUGGGAGACCUUAGAGGAACUAAGCAAUGACAAAGAGACACACUAGAAACCACCCAGAAGACCCCAGCAACCAGACUAAAUGGUUUAUUCAAAACUCCCUCCAUUCACUAGCUUUCUUACUGUAAUUGAUUCAUUUCUGCUCUUUAUUCUGACACUAGUGCAGAAUAUUUUUGGCGUGGAGUGAUCUUAAAGGUCAGAGGGAGGGUUUGACGUGAUCAAUUAUCCUGAUCCCUGACAGACGAAAAGCGUGAAAGAGAAAUAAAAUGCAAUGCUGAGUUUCCUAAAGACUUGUCUUUUGGAUCGUGCAUGGAUAAUGAAUUUAUGCAUAUAUAUAUAUAUAAUAAAUUCCCUACAGUUAACUAAAACUAGCAGCACAAUGGAGGACGUGAAGCAGUCAUUAUUGCUUUAAUUUUUCUUAGAGUUGAAAAGACUUUACAGCUUAAUGUUGAACAUAACAGAUUCUACUGGAAGAUCUUGUGUCCUUUUGCACAGCAGAUGUUAAAAUCUGAUAUCAGGAUACUGGAUGUACCAAGCUCUUCCUCUGACACACGAAACACUCAGAUCUGUGGGAAAACUGGUUCAUUCCUCACGUUUUGCAUGAGCUGAUGGAUCAAUGAGGUGUGAGACAGGCAACUGAUGGGCUGUCAGAGAUACCUGGACUUGUGUGUGUGUGUGUGUGUGUGUGUGUGUGUUUAGAGGAGAGGACAGAGAAACUAAAAAGGCCUUCAAAGCUGAACUUCAUGUAAAUGAGAAGCUAAGACAAGCCGAGGUUCUGACGCCUGCCAUGAAUUAUAAGAUGAUGCAUGAAUGGCAGCAUAAUUCAGUCAAUCUGUGUCAAAUCAACCACAUUUCAGAAACCUACUAGGCUUAUAGUUUUG